UUGGAGAGAUUUUUUCAUGACGAAGAAGAGGAGAUCAGAUGCCACACGCCUUGAUGAAGUUGACCGCACGAUGUACGCUACCUUCCGUAGCGCCGCCAACUUGCUCUCACAGCUAUACUCGCAGACGAUGAACCACCAGCGCCUUAGCUUUCAUGCCGGAGAGCGUCAUGCGCUGGAGAAACUUUAUCAAUGGAUUUUGAGACGGCAAGAAGAAGGAUCAAGAGUAACAACAGUAGAUAUAGCUGCUUAUCUGCAGAAUGAGCUUGAAUAUGGAGCAGAGGAGCCUCCUAUGUCUCCCAGGUUGCCUAUUCAGCACCAACAUGUUCCCAAUACUUAUAUUCCAUACACGCCACCAGCAGCAGGGCCUGAAGUUCGUUCUGGACAACCAGAUCAUCAAGUGAAGAACUCAGUUUUCUCAAACGCUCUCUCCAGCCCUGUUCGCCGCAGCCUUCAACAUUAUUACUUACGCCAGGAGUUGACCAAAUGCCAUCGGGAAAUAUGCACCUCACAUACAGCAUCAUCUUAA